CUCUCUCAGCUCAUACUUCUCCCGCUCAUUUGUCUCUCAUAGUUUUUUCUCUAGAAGAACUUCAAACUCUAAUAUUAUUAUUUCUUCUGAGUUUUCUGUCAGAACUUCAAACUCUAAUAUUAUUAUUUCUUCUGAGUUUUCUGUCAGAACUUCAAACUCUCCAAAUAUUUGACAAUGUCGAGCAGAAGAUCCUCUCGGUCGAGGCAGUCGUCGAGUAGGAACAACAACAGUAUCAGUGAUGACCAGAUCACUGAUCUCGUAUCCAAGUUACAGCAGCUUCUUCCUGAGAUUCGCCCUAGGCGUUCCAACAAGGCGUCGGCGUCGAAGGUUUUGCAAGAGACUUGCAAUUAUAUUAGAAACUUACACAGAGAGGUGGAUGACCUAAGUGAGCGCUUAUCAGAGCUUUUGGCCACGACGGACAUGGAUAACGACCAAGCAGCCAUUAUUAGGAGUUUACUUAUGUGAUGGUGUCUGUGUGUAUAUAUAUAUGGAGCUUCCUAGUUAAUGAUGAUCCGCAUUCGGUAUUAGUAUUGUUAAUCUCUUUUUGUCGUGAGCCUUUGAUAUAUAAAUCUGGCUAGUUAGCUAGCUAGGGUUUGCUCAUUAGGCCAGAAGAAAGAGUUUUUUUCUUUUUUGAUUAAGAAAAAAGAGUAGUUUAAUUAAUUACGUGCAGCAGUCCAAUAUCCUAGUGGAUAGAAUGUUGUAUUUUUACUUAUGCGUUUCAAGUUUGAAAUUUUCUCCUCUUCUUAAUUAUUGUAGUAGUUUUGAACAUUCCGUCUUCCAAAUAAUAGUAAAAAAGUUUAAUUAUUUAUGUAACAUGGAGUACUCUCCAGUCCAAGUCUACGCUAUUACUUUCGACGACUUGUAGUAGGUAAUUAAUUUUUAUAAUAAAAAAAGCACUUUUAGA